AUGGCUGAAAAACAGAUGGAUCAGUCCCAAGCUCGUCGACGACGACGAGAUGGAUCUUCAGGUGUACAACAGCGUUUGUACACAAAGGAAAAACCAUAUGUCUGUCAUUGUGGGUCGGCCUAUUCUCGUCGAGAUCUCUUGACCCGCCAUCAACGUAUUACACAUGAGACUUUGUCGCCAAGGUCGCCUGAUGGCCCGCCGUCGGAAGACAAUCAUCAGUUGGCCGCGGCCGAAGAGGAUCCUCCUUCCGAGGACCCUAUUUCCUCUGCCGCAUCUAUUCCGGAUAUGAAUAUGAACCACAAUAUUCAGCAGCACCACCAACAACAACAACAGUAUUCAAAUCCGAACCACGGUUUAGCUAUUCACAACCAGGCUGUCACCCAGCCCUACCAGUUAAUCACCAGCCAAGAAUUCUACCCCAAUGGCCAGCACUAUUCCGGGUUUGACCAUUUCCAGGAAAUACACGGUUUCCCAGACCCGGUCAGUCUACCUCCGGAAUGGAGUCCAUAUCUUCAUAGUCCGGGCCUAGAGCAAGAUAUGGUGGAUCCUGCUUUACGAGGCUCGAUGGUUGACGUAUCGUCGCCUCUUUCCAAUGAGAAUUUCUCGGUGCACGGCUACAAUCCUUGGAUGUCACCGACUGCUCAGAAAUGGGGCAAUUAA